AUAGUCGAGGGAGGGUUGAAUGGAGAGUGAGAUAUCUACUCAGACCCCCCUCUCUCUGUCUGUGGCUGCUGUCCCUGGCUGCUGGCGGCCUCCACACUCACAGCCAAAUGUCAGGCCGCAGGGUUGGCUUCUAUCUCAGCGAUAAGAAACGCAGGAAGAUGAACCUGGACGCAUUUGCAGACUUCUGUGCGGUCCAUGGAGUGGAAGUGGUGGAGAUUGACCUCACACAGCCACUGGUGGGGCCCUUCGACGUCAUCAUUCACAAGCUGUCUGAUGUCAUCGUGGAGGCUGAGCAUGACAGCCAGUCGCAGCAGCUCCUUGCCAACUUCCAGAGCUAUGUGUCAGCUCAUCCCAGGACAGUUCUUCUGGACCCCCUGCCUGCCAUGACCCAGCUACUAGACCGCUUUGCCUCUUAUCGGAUCAUGAGCAAGCUGCAGAGUUCGCUCCGAGACUGGUGCAUCUGCAGUCCUCCUUACCUAGAGGUCCACAGUGCCAGUGGCCUGUCAUCCAUUCAGCAGGCUGUGAUGAGCCAAGGCAUAAGCUUUCCUCUCAUUUGUAAAACCCGAGGGGCACAUGGCUUGCUUUCCCAUGAGAUGUCUCUGAUCUUCAGUGCGAGGAGUCUGGCUGAUAUCCAUCCUCCCUGUGUGCUCCAGAGCUUCAUCAACCACGGAGCUGUUCUGCACAAGGUGUUUGUGGUAGGAGACAGACACUUCUGCGUAGAGAGGCCCUCACUCAAGAACUUCCCCUCCGGUCCCUGUGACAGGAAGACCAUCUUCUUCAAUAGCCAUCAGGUGUCCAAGCCUGAGUCAAGCUCUGAUCUCACAGCACUGGAUGAGCAGAUGCCGUGCCCGCCUCCUCCCAGCUCUGAGGCCGUGGCCGCCCUGGUGAGAGAGCUCCGAGUUCAGCUUGGCAUGGCUCUUUUCGGCGUGGACAUCAUCAUCAACAUACACACACACACUCUCACCGUUAUCGACAUCAACAUCUUCCCAGGCUAUGAGGGAGUGCCCCAGUUUUUCUCCUGUCUGCUCAGCCACAUUGAGUCAGUGUUGGACAAACAGACCUCCGAUGGCCCCCAGGCUACUGGCUCUUCUGAGUCAACACAGACUACAGGUGGUCCAUCUGCUGCCGGUUCACCUCAGGAACAGAUCGUGGACUGUACUGCUUCGUCAGCUUCUCAGGACAAGUAAAGCACUAGUUUUUACACUGACCUAACUCAGCUGUUUUCAAGACUUUGUGUUCAAUUGUAAGAAGAUAUUUAUUUGUAAUUUGUAACAUGACUUGAUCUUAAACUGUAUCUCCUGUAAAUCACACUAAUGAUGUUGCUGCAGCUGUAACGUGCUGUAAGUGAUUCUGCUCUUUUUACAAGUCGACAAACCAAACGGACGACACAAACUGGUUUAAUACACUUUCCGUUUAUUGAUUGACAGGUAGCAUAGAAGAUACAGCAGGCACAAAAUACAGCACUCUGAUUGGCCAGUAAUAUUACAAAUGGUGUUUUUGUUGUCAUUUUUUUCCCUGUUCGAAAUGUCCUCUGUGCCCUUAUGUCACCCCCACCACACACACACAGACAUUUCCUACAUCUGUCUUGCUCGUUUGUAAUAUACAUUUUGUGGAAAGAUUUUGCACUUCUAUAGAAAAAGAAAACUACAGUACAUUAAUUUUUCAUUUAUUCUCAAGUGAACAAAUAUCUCAUCUUUGGAAUAGACAGCAAUGAGCCCAUCAGUGUUGACUGAUCACGCGUGUGUUAUUACUACGGGUUUACACAAGGUGACCGGCUUCUUUGCCAGAGUUCAAACACAUCAAUGUAUUGUAAAUCUUGGCUGUGUAGAAAAAGAUAGAUUAUAUCUGUUAUGUGAGUACUAUAUGAUGCACUUUGAUUACACAUUUAAAUACAAGAAAUAAAUCAUCAUUUGGCUAAUUAUUGCAUUCA